AUGUCUGCUGGAACUUUUGCAACUCAGGUUGCUGGUUCUGGCUUCGUUGGCUUGAAGUCCAACUCGGCAAAUCUUUACUCUAGUGCAGGGUCCAUUGGUUGGAAAAGGAAGAUUGUUUCUAAUGGUUCUAAAACUCACUGCAUGAAGACAUGGAAUCCCAUCAAUAAUAGGAAGUUUGAAACACUGUCCUACCUACCACCCCUAUCAGAUGCAUCCAUUGCAAAGGAGAUUGACUACAUGCUCAAGAAGGGAUGGACACCUUGCCUUGAAUUUGAUGAGUUGGGGUAUAUUAGUAGAGAAAACAGCCAUAUGCCAGGCUACUAUGAUGGGAGGUAUUGGACACUGUGGAAGCUACCAAUGUUUGGUUGCACCGACUCUUCCCAAGUGCUGAAUGAGAUCCAUGAAUGCAAAAGGGCAUAUCCAAAUGCAUAUAUACGCUGCAUAGCAUUUGACAACCAGCGCCACAUGCAAUCAAUGGCCUUCGUCAUUCAAAAACCUGCUACCACCAAUAGCUCUUGA